UCGGAGUUUUCUGACCGCCUUCACCACUACAUCUACAUCUACAUCGACAUAUAUACCACUACAUAUACAUAUAUCUAGCAGAAAUGUCAACUAAUCUCCGCGGCUUCAAUCACGCCGUCCACACUCUCCUAACCAACCCCCCCCAAUUCCUCCCCCACCUGACCAUCCCAACAAUUACCUCCCUCCCCGAACAACUCGGCCCGCACCUCCAACCCGAUAGAACCAAGAAACAACCCACCAUCCGCGCCCUGGUUCUAGACAAAGACAACACGCUGUGCGCCGCGAAGACGACGCGCUUCCCCUCCCCGAUUCUCGCGAAGCUAGCCGAGCUGCGCACAUCGCCCACCUCGCCCUUCAACGCGGGCAAAGCGCCGCACUCGAUCCUGAUCGUCUCCAACAGGGCGGGGAGCCACCCGUCCUACGAGAAUGAAGUCGCCGAAUUAGAAGCCCAGCUCGAUCACCUCUCUAUCCCUGUGUUUCGCUUACCGGCGGGAGCGACCAAGAAACCCUUUUGCGGCCAGGAAGUUAUCCGGUGGUUUACGGAGCGGCAUGUCAUUGAGUCGCCGGAUGAGAUUGCGGUCGUCGGUGAUCGACUGGGCACCGACGUGCUCAUGGCCGUGCAGAUGGGGGCGUGGAGCGUCUGGUGUCGCGAUGGGAUAUACGACCAUCUGAACGGCUCGACUAGACCGGGUAAUCUUCUGGAGAAGAUGGAGAUCUGGAUUGAGCGGUUUUUUAGAGAAAGGGGGUGCGUCGCGCCCCUGCCGAGGGGGUUUGCCGUUUGA